AUGACUGUUGAUAAUGCCUCCUCAAAUAACUCCAUGAUUACCUACUUGAGAAGGAAGAUUAAGGGGUGGAAAGAGGUUGUUUUAGGUGGGGAAUUUCUGCAUGUUAGGUGUUGUGCCCAUAUAGUGAACUUGAUUGUCAAUGAAGGUUUAAAAGCCCUACAUGAUUCCAUAGCUGCCAUUCGUAACGCUGUGAGGUAUGUGAGGUCUUCUCCGGCUAGGUUGCUGAAAUUCAAGUCAUGUGUGGAGCGAGAGAAAAUUGAAUACAAAGGUCUCGUAUGCUUAGAUGUCCCUACUAGAUGGAACUCCACCUAUAUGAUGUUAGAUGCAGCCAUUAAAUUUCAAAAAGCUUUUGAAAGAUAUGAAGAGGAAGAUGACAAGUUUGUGUCUUAUUUUCGGGAAGAUGAGGGGGAGAAACGGAAGAUUGGUCCGCCACUUGAUGAUGAUUGGGAGAAUGUUAAGGUGUUUGUGAAAUUUCUGAAGACUUUGAAGUUUAGUCCCACUUUGAAUGUCACUUCAAAUUCUUACUUUCAUGAGCUUUGUGAGAUGUAA